GACUGAAUGCAGCUAGCUUGAUGCUGCUCGUUCUGCCUGCUGUCUGAAGGGAGAGGGAGGGAGAAAAGUUAAGAUGGAGCCUCAGAAGAAGUUGAUUAACUCAGCAGACAGCUGCGUGGAUGAGGCUCUCCUCGGCCUCGUCAGGGCCUCGGGGGGCCUCUCUCUGCUGAAGGGCCACAGAGUCGUGCUUCGGUCUGACCUCCAAAACCUCAAGGGCAAAGUGGCCCUGCUGUCUGGAGGGGGUUCGGGCCACGAGCCUGCACACGCAGGUUAUAUUGGUGCUGGGAUGCUGUCGGCGGCUGUCUCAGGAGGAGUGUUUGCGUCUCCGCCUCCUGCCAGCAUCCUGGCUGCCAUUCUCUCCUUGCACAAUGCAGGAGCCUCCGGGGUCCUUCUCAUCGUGAAGAACUACACCGGCGACCGCCUCAACUUUGGAUUGGCUGCAGAGCAGGCUUGUAACCAGGGCGUUGCUGUUGACAUGGUGAUAGUUGCAGAAGACUGCGCCUUUGAUCAGCCCAGUAAGGCCGGAAGAAGAGGCUUGUGUGGCACCGUCUUCAUACACAAGCUGGCAGGUGCUUUAGCAGAAGAAGGCUGCUCAUUGGACCAGAUUGUUUCCAAGGUGACAGAGGUUUUAAAGGGGAUUGGCACCCUGGGGGUGAGUCUGUCUCCAUGCAGCGUUCCAGGCUGCCUGCCUACAUUUGAACUGGCGCCAGGAGACAUGGAGCUCGGGCUGGGUAUCCACGGUGAACCUGGAAUAAAGAGGUCAAAGGUGGCCUCUGCUGAUGAGGUGGUCAAAACCAUGAUAGACCACAUGACCAACCCAAGCAGCCAAUCGCAUCUGCCACUGAAAUCAGGAGACAGUGUGGUUGUGUGUGUGAAUAACCUCGGAGCUCUGUCUUGCCUGGAGAUGGCUGUGGUUAGUAGAGCGGCCAUCAUCUGCCUGGAAAGCCGUGGAGUGGUGGUUGCCAGGGUGAUGUCCGGCUCGUUCAUGACCUCUCUGGAGAUGGCGGGGGUGUCGCUGACCCUGAUGAAGGCCGACCGAGAGACGCUGAGGCUGUUUGAUGCUAAGACUAGUGCCCCUGCCUGGCCGAACCUCAGCAGUGUGAGCUCGAGUGGGCGGAGCUACAUCACAGAGCCACUGACAACCAGCAAACGGCCUCAAGAGGAGAAACAUUCUGAAGGACCACUGAGUCCAGUGAUGCGUAAAGUCUUGGAGAAGAUUUGUUCCACUCUGUUGGAAAAGCAGGAAGAACUCAAUUCCCUGGACCGUGCUUCUGGGGAUGGAGACUGCGGGAACACUCACGCUCAGGCUGCUAGAGCCAUUCAGGAGUGGCUCCAGAGUCAUGUGGUUCCCGGUUGCCCCGGGCAGCUCUUAUCUAUCCUCGCUGGAUUGGUGCAGGAAAAAAUGGGCGGGUCUUCAGGAGCGUUGUACAGUCUGUUCCUCACUGCGGCGGCCGGUCGUGUCACUGAGGGGCGGAGCGACGCUGCAGCCUGGGCCAGUGCUAUGAAUGCUGGGACACAAGCAAUGAAAAAAUACGGUGGUGCUGCCCCCGGGGACAGAACAAUGCUGGAUGCUUUGUGUCCUGCAGUCGAUGAACUGAUGAAGCUGACAACAGCUCCACCUGGGGGACACAUGGCUGUGCUACAGACUGCUGUGGAGAAAGCUGCCUCGGGAGCGGAGGCAACUCGUAACCUUACAGCAAAGGCUGGGCGAGCCAGCUACAUCUCCCCCUACCUGGUCAGCCUGCCCGACCCCGGCGCUGUGGCUGUAGCCACCAUCAUGAAAACUGUCCUGGAAGUGCUCGAGGGGCAGAAGUGAUUCACCAACCAGGAAAAGAGCAGAGUGCUAAUACUACCUAACCAACACUGUGAAACCACAGUGAUUAAUAUAAAAAAAUAAUUUGACUCUGUGAUGCAUAGUUAAGGAUUUUGAAAGCUAAUUUUCACACUAUACACAGAGUGAGUCAUUACAAACUGUUAAAUUAAGUCUAUGAAAGGAAAAAAGUAUAAAGUCUGCAGUGUGAUGUUAUAUGGUAAAAAUAACUCAGGUGUUUUCUUUAAAACCUAUUGCAUUAAAAGCUGAAUGCAUAUGAACUUUGUAUGAGCAGCUGAAUCAUGGAAUGGACAUUCCUAGUUUCUACUAAUAAAAUAGAUAAAUGAAAACUGUA